GCGCGUUGGUCCUAAAACUGGUUUUCGGCUGACAUCUAAGUUAUUCCAAGUUGCGCGUUCUGCGUUGAAAAGUCAUUUCUUGUCUCGUUUCUUGAGCAAUAACAAAGUGGUUUUGGUGGUGCAUCUGACGUGGAAAUGAGCUCAGGAACGAUCAUUUUAAUCCAUUAAUCAUCGAGAAGGAAGGUUCCUUAGACCCACUUCCCAUUCUCAAGUGACCAUGACCCGUCGUCUCGUCCAAAUGCCACUUCAGACUCUCCCGAGUACACUUUGAAUUUCCAAUCCCCUUUCCCACGAGCUGGGAGCAAAUCUAACACGCACCCAGUCCCACGUCCCACGUCCCACGUUCUAUCAAUACGGCGACUACUCGGUUCCAUUUGUUUCCGGAACACCCUGAACAACAUAAGUCAUGGAUGAGGAGCGACGAGCUCUGGAAGCGAUCUGGACCCAGUCGGAUGACCACCGCUCCAUUGUGUUCGAGAACGGUACGGAUCUGUGGAUCGAGGUGAUUGGCACUUUCAGUCCGAAGAGGCCCGAGAGGCCUCGCCAUGAUGAUGAGGAGGGUGAGGACGGGGCUCAAAGCCCAACGGUCCCUUCGUACAAGAAUUUCUCAUCAUUCUCGAAAAUGCGAGUGGAACCGCGUUCUUCGAAUUCCUGGAAGUUUCUUGGAGAAUCCGCCGGGAUCCUGUCCACUUUGCCUUCUAUGGAGAUCCUCGCCCUGUUCCCCGACAGUUAUGAACUGUCAGUGAAGCACGAAUUUACCUUUGUGGCCAAAGUCCUCCAGCCUCCAGAUGGUGAAGGUCCAGACAUUCUUGUCGGAGGACAGUCAACCUACCAUUUUAAUGAAAUACCCCUCCUCGGUCCUGGCGAGUCCUUCAGCCUCCGUCUUGCAUCCAAGACCCCGGCCCCACUUCAACUCUUGUGCAAAUGCGUCCUGCUCCGCUCCGUGGAACAAAGUCAAGCUUCAUUGGAUCCUAUUUCUUCAUCAUCAUCAUCAUCAUCAUCUUCUUCCUCUGCUUUAUCGCCCUCGUCCAGUCUGUGUAGUACAUCGGGAUGCCAAGUCAUCACAUUGGAAGAUAGGGUGGCUCAGCUACCACUGCCCAAUCGACUAAAGAAUAUAGAAUUAAUGAACCUCUUCGCACAAGUGCGAUCCCACUGAGAUAGAGUACAGUCAGUAUACUAAUUCCAAAUUAGUAAUCCACUUGUCCCCAUGUUGUAUUUCAUUCCAAUCGAUGAAGACUAAGUAAUAAACGACCAUGCCAAAGUGAGGCUAUUCCACUCUA